CACAGGCCUUGAGAACGCAAAAAAUAAAACCCUAGAAAAAGAUAAUAAAAUAAAAUCAUCUCUCUCGUCCAUUCCUCUAGAAAACCCUCUUUCUUCUGCUUUCAACUUUCUUGUUUUCGUUAUUUUCAGCUGUCUCUUGUUUUCGUUUUCUUUGUGUUUCAGGGAAGGAAGAAGAUAUUCAAGAAGAUAUCUGUAAUGGUUUUUGACAUUCCCCAAAAUUAGGGUUUUGUUUGACUGUCUUACAGAAGAAAACAACGGUUAGUGCAAGACUAGGUUGAGCAAGCAAGGUGGGGGAAGAUGUCGAGUCAAUAUCCGGUAGUCGACAACAAGCCAAUCGAUCAGUGGAGGGUGACCGAGUUGAAAGAAGAGCUAAAAAGAAGGAAACUUAUCACAAAGGGUUUAAAAGAUGAUCUUGUAAAGAGAUUGGAUGAUGCAUUACGCAUGGAGAGGGAUGUGACCGAGGAAGAUGCAGCAGUUAAUGAUGAUAAUGACUCCUGUAUUGAAGAAGUACGUCAGGAAACACAAAUUGAGCAUGAAGGUGGUAUUACAAAACCAAUGGAAACUGAAUCGGUUGAAGAUAGUAGGGUUCAUGGAGACGAAAUUCAAAAGGUCGAUGAAAGUGGAACCACUGUUCAAAUUGAUGAAGAACGGAAUGCCAUUGCAAAACCAAUGGAGACUCAAAUGGUUGAAGAUAUUAGGGUUCAUGAUGUGGAUAAUGCUCCAAAGGUAGAUAAUAAGACAACUGCUGACUUCGAUGAUCAGCGAGGAGAUGUAAAAGCAAACUGCACGGAGACUCGAACCGUUGAAGAUGCUGGGUAUCACAAUGGUUAUAGAACUGAAGAAGUCGAUGAGAGUGCAUCCGCUGUUGACGUAGAUAAGAGUUCCAAAAGUCUGGAUAAGAGUAGAGCUCAAGGUGAAGAUUUAAUCAGUUCUGUAGGAAUGUAUGAGGAGUCUGUGGUUCAUUCAGUUUCCGUGGAAACGAGUAUCUCAGUUAAUGAAACUGUGGUGAUUACCCAGACAAAGUUCAGCAAAGAGGAGUCGAAUGAAAAUCAGGUAAAGAAUGAGGAUUCAAAGGAUCCUCGUGAUGCUGUUUUUACUGUUUCUCAUUCACAUAACCAGGUAUCUGAGGCCGACCCUACUUUAGGGUUUCAAGUAAAUGACUCUAUUUCUUCUGAUUCUAUAACAAUUGAUAAACAGAAUGUACUAAAGGAUUCUUUGAAUGCUAAUGAUUUCAAUUUAGAACCCAAAGUUGCUCAGCCACAGAUGGUCGAACCAUCAUCCAGUGAAGUUCCUCCUAAAGGUGGGGUUUUUCAUCCACUGGAUGAACCUGGUCCGUGUGAGCUAGAUGAUACCCGCAAUGCGAUUAAUGUUGACCCUAGCAAAAAAAUUGAUAGUGCAGAUGGUGGAUCUUCAGAAAAACUAUAUUUAGAUCAAAGUCCAGGGGAUGAUCUGAUGGAAGAGGAUGUAUUGGAGAGUAAGAACAUGGACUCCCAUCAUAUUUCCGAUGGUGUGGGAGAUGAUAAGAAGGAAAUGCAUAUUGUAAAAGAAGGAAGUUCUUUUGAUGCUUCAGAUUCUGCUGUGUCUAAUGACAAGAAUAUUUCUACUAAAGAUUAUAAGAGUGAGGCUGCUCCUGAGAAAAGAAAAUUAGAAGGUCAAAAAGUAGUGGAGAGCAAUGAACCUCCUAAGAGGCAGCGUAGGUGGAAUUCAGAAGCCCCAAAAGUUUCUGAACAGCCAACCUCCAUUCUCACACCUUCAGCGACUCCAAAAGGCACGUUCCAAUCUGUUACUCCAAGACGCAAUUUCACUAGGUCGGACUCAGCAGUUAGUAGGGGUGCAGACGCCCCAAAGGAGCGUGUUGUUCCGCCAUCAUCGAAACCUCCAACUGAUUCCCUUAGAAUCGAUCGCUUUCUACGCCCGUUCACUCUAAAAGCAGUGCAGGAGCUUCUAGCAAAAACUGGAUCUGUCUCCAGUUUCUGGAUGGACCCAAUUAAGACCCACUGUUAUGUUACGUACUCAUCAGUGGAAGAAGCAAAAGAUACUCGAAAUGCUGUGUAUAAUUUGCAAUGGCCUACAAAUGGUGGACGGCUACUGGUGGCCGAGUUUGUCGACUCGCAAGAAGUGAAAAUGAGGGUUGAAGCUCCACCUCAGUCCCCAGCAACACGUGCAGCUGUCAGCUCCAGCCCAGUCACACCUCAGGCACCGUCACCUUUUGCAACCAAACAUUCACCUCGUCAGCAUCUACCCAAGGGGCAGCUCCCACCACCCCCACCACUCCCCCUCCCGCCACCUCCACCACUAUCACAUCCACCUCCAGCUAGGGAACAGCUUCCGCUUCCACCUCCACCCCCACUUAGGGAACAGCUUCAGCUUCCACCUCCACCCCCACUUAGGGAACCGCUUCAGCUUCCACCUCCACCCCCACUUCCCGUUAAUAUGGAUGUUCCAAUCCUUACCCUUGAUGAUCUUUUUAAGAAAACCAAAGCCACUCCUCGUAUCUACUACUUGCCAUUGUCAGAGGAACAAGUUGCUGCGAAGCUUGCAGCUCAAGGAAAAAACUCCAAGUGAAAUGUGCAUGUGCUCAGAGAAUCGCCAUGAGUUACUCUGAUGCAGUUGGAAUCUUUAUAAAUGUUGGUUAAGUUUGGUAUGUAUGGCGUUAUAGUUUAUAUUAAAUUAAUAUCAUUGCAGGUCUAAAGGUGUUUCUUGUAAGCAGGCAAAUUGUUGGCCUUGGUUAUUUGCUCAAGGAGAUCAGGAUCGUUCGUUAGAGCUUCUUUUUAUUUGGCGUGAUUAAGCCAAGUAGGGUUUUGUUUAAUGUUCUUUUUGACAACGAAGAACAUUAUUUCGGGUCUAAGAAACUCGAGGGAGGAGCCUCAGUUGAUUGGUUACAGUUGACUGUAAAAACCUAAAAAUUGUGUUUCUGGGUUGUCUCUUCAACCAUGGUUGUUAUGUUGUCGUACUUAAAUACAUUAGUUUGUAUGGAUCUGAAUUCCUGAUUUGUCAAUAUUGUAGCUGAUAGGUUUUAUAAACCUAAUAUUGGAUCA